AUGCUGCUGGAAGCCAGCCCAUUGGCUCAACUCCAGCCAAUGCAGAUGUCCUCCAAGAAGGCAUGCCCCUGCUUAAAAGAAGAACCCCCGCCACCCCCGCCACCCCCGCCACCCCCACGACGCCCUGCAGAGGAUUCCUCAAAAAAGACAUUGGAGGUACAGAUGACCCUCUUCAUCCAAACAUGGUGGCGGGGCAUGCUGGUCCGCCGUACUCUGCUCUUUGCCACCCUCUGCGCAUUGGGAAUCCAGAGGUGGUGGCGCCAACGGGCCUAUCAGCUGAAAGAGGAGAGGAGGGUAAGGGCCCUGCUGAUGUACGUUUGGCCUGAGAAGUCGACCGUCCUCUUGCAGUCAAAGUUUAGGAUGUGGCUUAUGAAAACCCAGUACAAGAAAUGUCAAAAGGCAGCCCAAGUCAUUCAGAAUAACUGGCGGCAUUUCAUUUAUCAGCGGGAGUUCAGCUCCUAUUCGCUCAGCAGCUUGGCUUACGAUGGCAUAGAUUUGAAUGUUGACAUUGUUGUUGAGUAA